UUCCUCUCACUCCCUCUUCUUAUUAUUACGCCUCAGCCCUCCUUAUUCGUUGCGAGCCGUAAUUGGAUGGGAACCGUAUUGGCUUCACCCGGCAGGUCGUCGUAGUGUUCUUCUCUGGUUCUAUUUCUCCACCUCACAACCCCCCUCCCUCUGAGAAACAGUUCAAGCAUAACUUGACUUCGAAUGCCACCGUCGCUCACUAACGCCUUGCUCUGCUUUCUACACCACGCCUUUUUCACUGCUUCCAUUUCCCGCUCUCCUUCUGUUUUCCCACAAUGAGAUCAAAGUUAUAGCCUUUUGCCUCACCUUUCUGGUUUUAAGUUGUCUUUCACUACCUAUUUUCUCGGAAUCAAAGCGUUUUGCUCGGGAAAAAGUACCAGGAAAAAAAUUUGAGGGAGUGAGCUGGUGGGAAAGUGGAAAUUGCAAAUUAGUUUUGUAAUUAUUUUUUUUGUGUUUUUGAGGUGGGAUUCUUAGAUCAGACCCAGCAAUGGCGCCCUUGUUCAAUUGGUGGGGGAAAGAGGGCCAUCGGGGCACCCCAGUGGUGGUGAAGAUGGAGAACCCCAAUUGGUCCAUGGUUGAGCUUGAGGGUCCUUCUGACGACGACUUCCUCAUCUCCGACCACUCAGGUCGUGCAAGAGACAAAGGCAGGGGCAAAAACGCCAAGCAACUCACUUGGGUUCUUCUCCUCAAAGCUCACAGAGCGGCCGGUUGCUUGACCUCCAUUGCCCCCGCAUUGUUCGGUCUAGCGUCCGCCGUGAAGCGCCGCGUCGCCUCCGGCAGAACCGACGUCGAUGCCGACCACGAUAAUGAAAUCGGCGGCAGGGAAAAGGAAAACCCUACCGUGAAGAGCAGGUUCUAUUCCUGUAUCAAAGUGUUCCUGUGCUUUGAGGUAACUGCUUACUUUAAGGGUUGGCAUUUCGGUACCCCACAUCUUCAACUGGACUAUGUAUGGUUAACAUCCUUCGGAGUGAAAGAUGUUUUCGACUGGUUCUAUUCCCGGUGGGUUUUGAUUCGUGUGGAGUAUAUAGCUCCGCCCCUGCAAUUCCUGGCCAAUGCGUGCAUUGUGCUUUUCCUUAUUCAGAGUUUGGAUAGACUGAUUCUUUGUUUGGGUUGCUUCUGGAUUCGAUUCAAGAAGAUCAAACCUGUUCCUAAAGAAGGAGCUGUAGAUCUAGAGUCUGGUGAGAAGGGAUUUUUUCCCAUGGUGCUAGUGCAGAUCCCCAUGUGCAAUGAGAGAGAGGUUUAUCACCAGUCAAUUGCUGCAGUUUGUAAUUUGGAUUGGCCCAAAUCCAAGUUGCUGAUUCAAGUUCUGGAUGAUUCUGAUGACCCGACAACACAGGUGAUGAUCAAGGAAGAGGUGGAAAAAUGGCAACAAGAGGGUGCCAACAUAGUGUACCGACACCGAGUGCUUAGGCAAGGGUACAAGGCUGGUAAUCUCAAGUCUGCCAUGAACUGUAGCUAUGUAAAAGACUACGAGUUCGUUGCUAUUUUUGACGCUGAUUUCCAGCCCACCCCUGAUUUUCUUAAAAGAACUGUUCCUCAUUUCAAGGAUAAUGAGGAAUUAGGACUAGUUCAAGCAAGAUGGUCCUUUGUGAACAAGGAUGAAAAUUUGCUUACAAGGUUACAGAACAUUAAUCUGGCAUUCCAUUUUGAGGUCGAACAGCAAGUGAAUGGUAUUUUCAUUAAUUUCUUUGGGUUCAAUGGAACGGCUGGAGUGUGGCGAAUUAAGGCUUUGGAGGAAGCUGGUGGGUGGUUGGAGAGGACCACUGUUGAGGACAUGGACAUAGCUGUCCGAGCUCAUCUCCAUGGCUGGAAAUUUAUUUUCCUUAAUGACGUGGAGUGCCAGUGUGAACUUCCAGAAUCUUACGAAGCUUACAGGAAACAACAGCAUAGAUGGCAUUCGGGGCCAAUGCAAUUAUUUCGCCUUUGUUUGCCUGACAUCAUACGGGGCAAGAUAAGCGUGGGGAUGAAAUUCAAUUUAAUAUUCCUCUUCUUUCUACUGAGAAAAUUGAUAUUGCCCUUCUAUUCAUUUACCCUUUUCUGUAUAAUUCUACCCAUGACAAUGUUUGUUCCGGAGGCUGAGCUUCCUGCUUGGGUUGUGUGUUACAUCCCAGCCACUAUGUCAUUUCUUAACAUCCUUCCAGCUCCAAAAUCCUUCCCUUUUAUCGUACCUUACCUCCUUUUUGAGAAUACCAUGUCGGUGACCAAAUUCAAUGCCAUGAUCUCUGGACUAUUCCAGCUUGGCAGUGCGUAUGAGUGGGUUGUGACCAAGAAAUCUGGUCGUUCGUCAGAGGGCGAUCUUGUUUCAUUGGUUCAUAAAGAGCCAAAGCAUCAGAAAGCAGCAUCAGCGCCUGAUCUUGAGGAAAUACAAAGACAGGAGCAAAAGGCUGCUUCUAAGAAGAAGAAGAAGAAGCACAACAGAAUUUACAUGAAGGAGCUUGCCUUGGCUUUCCUGCUACUAACAGCUUCGGUGAGGAGUCUCUUAUCAGCUCAGGGAAUCCAUUUCUACUUCUUAUUAUUCCAAGGGAUAUCCUUCCUGUUAGUAGGUCUAGACUUGAUUGGCGAGCAGGUUGAUUGAAACCAAAUUGACAGGAAAAGCAUGUAAAGAGUUGUAGAUGAUUAAGUAUGAAAACAGUAAAACAAGCGUGGACACUGGACACGUCCCGGCCCUAUAAUAUCCUUCAAUGACAAGUUAUUAUGGGGACAGUGCAGUGAAGUGCUGAGGCAUGGUCCUCCAUGCAGGAUCUCAAUCCUGUUCCACUCAUUUACGAGAUGACAUUGUUAUAUGGUCGCAAAAGUGAUGACUUCAAUUCAAUUCAGGAACCAAUCCACUAGAACCUGGUCGUAGCUCCUUGAUAUGUAAGUCUUUUUUUUUUCCCCCCAUUUCUUCGUUUAUCCCUUCCACUCUGUAAGUUUCUGUCCAUUCUUUAGUUAAUUGUUGGGAUCCAUUCUUUUUGUGAGAAAUAUCAGCGGUUCGAAACACGAAUUGGGAUUUUUGUUGAGUUAGUUACUGUAAAAAUCAGGAACAAAUUUUAUCCUGAUGGUCCUGUUUUCUUUGUCUGAAUAUAAAUGCUUCAUUCAUUUUUGUCAA